AUGAAUCGUUUUAUUGCUCGGAGAGGAAAGCCGCAUAACGUCUUUUCUGACAACCUUACUACUUUUGUAGGUGCCUUCAACGAGCUAGCUAGCCUUCUUCCUCAAGAUUUGCAACUGAGUUCUAUUGAUACAGACCUCUCCCCUUUGACUCCUUCACACUUUCUCAUUGGGCGAUCUUUAAUCAUGCUGACAUGCUCACAGCCCACAGCUCCAACAUCUGCAACCUACAAGGGAACGAACGAAAUGGCUUCGGAAGGGUUGCCGACAUCCGCACACGUAGAGGCGUCUUACGACGAGCUUUUAAUACCAUCUGCCCUCUUCUAG